CCGAGGCGGCUCAAGAGCCUUCGCGGGCGCGCAGCGUCCCUCGGGUCACCCCACGCAGCACCAUGUCCUGGAUGUUCAAGAGGGAUCCUGUUUGGAAGUAUUUGCAGACUGUUCAGUAUGGAGUCCAUGGAAAUUUUCCACGCCUCUCAUACCCAACUUUCUUUCCACGUUUUGAAUUCCAAGAUAUUAUCCCUCCAGAUGACUUCCUAACUAGUGAUGAAGAGCUGGAUUCAGUGUUAUUUGGAACUUUGAGAGGUCAUGUAGUUGGACUACGCUAUUACACAGGAGUAGUUAAUAAUAAUGAAAUGGUUGCAUUACAACGAGAGCCUAAUAACCCCUAUGAUAAGAAUGCCAUUAAAGUAAACAAUGUGAAUGGAAAUCAGGUUGGACAUUUAAAGAAAGAUCUGGCAGCUGCUUUGGCCUAUAUCAUGGACAACAAAUUGGCACAAGUGGAAGGGGUAGUUCCUUUUGGUGCAAACAAUGCUUUCACCAUGCCUUUGCAAAUGACUUUUUGGGGAAAAGAAGAAAAUAGAAAAGCUGUUUUAGAUCAAUUGAAGAAACAUGGAUUUAAAUUGGGUCCUGCACCAAAAACUGUGGGAUUCAAUUUGGAAAGUAGUUGGAGCUCUGGAAGAGCUGGACCAAGCUACAGUAUGCCAGUUCAUGCUGCGGUACAGAUGACAGCGGAACAGCUUAAAACAGAAUUUGACAAAUUAUUUGAAGAUUUAAAAGAAGAUGAUAAAACGCAUGAAAUGGAACCAGCUGAGGCUGUUGAAACACCACUGCUUCCUCAUCAGAAACAAGCUCUGUCUUGGAUGAUCUCUCGGGAGAACAGUCAAGAACUCCCUCCAUUCUGGGAGCAGCGGAAUGACUUAUACUACAACACAAUAACAAAUUUUUCUGAGAAAGACCGACCAGAAAAUGUCCAUGGAGGAAUUUUAGCCGAUGAUAUGGGUUUGGGUAAAACUCUUACAGCCAUUGCUGUAAUUCUUACCAACUUCCACGAUGGUAAACCUCUUCCUGUAGAGAGAAUUAAAAAGAAUCAACUGAAGAAGGAAUGUAAGGAAUGUAAUGUUAAAGAUGAGUCUGAGAAACUUGGAGGAAACAGUUCUACUGAAAAAGCAGAUGGGCAAGGCAAAGAAAGAUCUAGAUGUAGUGAAGAACCCAGUAUUUCACAUAUCAAGGAGAAGAAAAAGUGUUCCAUGUCAGAAUUGUCUAGCUCUCGCCCCAAAAGAAGAAAAAUUACUGUCCAGUACGUUGAAAGCAGUGAUUCAGAGGAAAUUGAAGCAAGUGAAUUGCCACAGAAAACGAAAGGCAAACUGAAAAAUAUACAGUCAGAAACUAAAAGCCGGGCAAAAGGAUCUUCCAAGGUCAAAGAAGAUGCAGCCUUUGCAUGUGCACUGACUUCACCUAGCCCUGCAACAAAGAAGAAAACCUUGAAAAGGGGAACAUCUGCAGUGGAGGGUUCAAAGAAAACUGAUGUUGAAGAGAGACCAAGAACAACACUGAUUAUCUGCCCACUUUCUGUGUUGAGCAACUGGAUUGACCAGUUUGGGCAACAUAUAAAAUCAGAGGUGCACUUGAAUUUUUAUGUUUAUUAUGGUCCUGAUCGUAUUAGAGACCCAGCCUUGCUUUCAAAACAGGAUAUUGUUUUGACUACCUACAACAUUUUAACUCAUGACUAUGGAACGAAAGGGGACAGUCCAUUACAUAGCAUAAGAUGGCUAAGAGUGAUCCUGGAUGAAGGCCAUGCCAUUCGAAAUCCAAAUGCUCAGCAGACAAAAGCUGCACUCGAUUUAGAAGCAGAAAGGAGAUGGGUAUUGACAGGAACUCCUAUCCAGAAUUCUUUGAAGGACUUGUGGUCUCUUCUGUCCUUUUUAAAACUUAAACCAUUUAUUGAUAGAGAAUGGUGGCAUAGAACAAUACAGCGUCCCGUCACUAUGGGAGAUGAAGGAGGACUUAGACGUUUACAGUCCCUAAUUAAAAAUAUCACACUUAGAAGAACAAAGACAAGCAAAAUUAAAGGAAAGCCUGUUUUGGAGUUACCAGAACGUAAAGUAUUUAUUCAGCACAUUACACUUUCAGAUGAAGAGAGAAAGAUUUACCAAUCUGUGAAAAAUGAAGGCAAAGCUACUAUUGGAAGGUACUUUAAUGAAGGAACUGUCCUUGCACACUAUGCAGAUGUCCUGGGUCUUCUGCUUAGACUGCGGCAGAUUUGUUGUCACACUCACCUUCUUACAAAUGCAGUGGCUUCCAGUGGCUCCUCAGGAAAUGAUACACCUGAAGAAUUGAGAAAGAAGUUAAUAAGGAAGAUGAAGUUAAUUUUGAGCUCAGGUUCAGAUGAAGAAUGUGCAAUUUGCUUGGAUUCUUUAACAGUUCCUGUGAUAACACAUUGUGCACAUGUGUUUUGUAAACCUUGUAUUUGUCAGGUCAUUCAGAAUGAGCAGCCACAUGCUAAAUGCCCUUUAUGCAGAAAUGAUAUACAUGGAGACAAUUUAUUAGAAUGUCCUCCAGAAGAAUUGGCAUGUGACAGUGAGAAAAAGUCCAAUAUGGAAUGGACGUCCAGUUCAAAGAUUAAUGCUCUAAUGCAUGCUUUGAUUGACUUAAGAAAGAAGAAUCCAAACAUAAAAAGUUUAGUUGUUUCUCAGUUUACAACGUUCCUGUCUCUAAUAGAAACACCACUUAAAGCCUCUGGAUUUGUGUUCACUCGUCUGGAUGGUUCCAUGGCCCAGAAGAAAAGAGCUGAGUCCAUUCAGUGUUUCCAGAACACUGAAGCAGGCUCUCCAACUAUCAUGCUGCUGUCCUUAAAAGCAGGGGGAGUUGGUUUGAAUCUUUGUGCAGCUUCUCGGGUAUUUUUAAUGGAUCCAGCCUGGAAUCCUGCUGCCGAGGACCAAUGCUUUGACAGGUGCCACAGACUUGGCCAGAAGCAAGAAGUUAUCAUCACUAAAUUCAUUGUGAAGGAUUCUGUUGAAGAAAAUAUGCUGAAAAUACAAAACACAAAAAGAGAACUUGCAGCUGGAGCUUUUGGAACAAAAAAAUCGAAUGCUAAUGAAAUGAAACAAGCUAAAAUUAAUGAAAUCCGAACUCUAAUUGAUUUAUAAUUUUUGGGAUUUUAGUAAGGUCAGUUUGAUCAGAUACUAAGUUUUGAAAAUGAGAAACAAUACAGAGAUUUAGGAAUGAGCUCUAGAGUAUGUCUUCUAAAAGGGGCCUAUUUUAUAUUAGUAAAGAGGUAUUACUGACACAUAAUCUCUUAUAUGAACCUAUUUUUAAUGAUACUUCAAAUAGCAAUAAGUUCCGAUACAUACUGUGGCCUAAAAUAAUUUUUUGGAAAAAAGGUUACUUUGUUAUUCAACUUUUCAUAGUAUCUAUGCUGAGUAUUUUCACAUAUCUUCCAAGUACUCAGCUUUUUCAUAUUUCCAAUAAGGUCAAACCUUUUAUACUUUUGACCGGUAAAGACUUAUUUUCUGUGUUGGACACAUUUGGUUAUUCACCAGAACCUCUUGAUUGGUGAUGCGUGGAUCCCCAGUCCUUGUAAAUGAUUAAUAUAUACAUAUAUACAGACUGUAAGAGAUUGAUUUUGACUUUGAAAAACUACAAUUUGCAUUCCAAAACCAAACCUUAAUGAGAGACCAAAGUCCAAGUUGCUUGCCUUUUUUUUUUUUUUACAGCUUCAUUGAGAUAUAAUUCACAUGUGACUUGCAAUUUUAUGUUCAUGAAAAAAUUAGGGACUAUGUUACAAUACUAUUUUCUCCAUUUUUGUCAAUUAGUACUACUUCAUUGUUUAAAUGUAAUUUGAUACACAGGGUGUAAAUACAGUCUGGGGCUGAGAGGGAAGCAGUUUUAUGCAAUUUGAUUUGAAUAUUUAAAUUAUGGAAUUUAAAUAGAUAUUUCUAUAAAUAGUACUUUUUAUUUAUCUAGCCUUUUUUUUUUUUUUGGAAAUAACUAUAAAUUUUUAUAAUUCAGAAGACUACUAUAUGUGAGAGGCGUGAUGUCUGGAUGGAAGUUGGGCUGGAUGAUCUCCAAACUCGUCUCAACUCUUAAAGACAUCUUAAUCCUGAAUGUAAAAAUUUCUUUGUUAUGUGUGUUUAAAAUCAGAAUUUGAUUUUGGAACUUAAGUAAUUCAUCCUUACAUUUUUCUUACUUUUUUACAUUAAUAAGCAAACUCACAGUAGUUGCCACAGAAUUCUAGGUGACUCAAGUCAUUUAAAAUAAAUAAACUAGAGGUUGCGCAGUCAGGUUUACAUAUUCAGUGGUUUUAUUUCCUUAAGGGAUUUUUUUUUUUCAAUCCAAAGAAGAAAUUACCAUAGUUAAGAGAUGCAUCAUGUUUGAUACAGACUUAAGAACACCUACUCUUACUUACAGUGUUAGAGGUGAUUUGAUUGACAGAUGAGAGAUGAGAGCAAUAUGAGGUCACAGGGGACACACCUGAGGUGUGCACCAAUACCUGCCAGCUAAGCCCUCCCCUCCCUGUGUCUAGAGUAGCAAUGGAUCAGCCAGCAAGAAUACCCCCAGUCCCUUUUCUCAGAGGUGAGGCAGAGGACUGACUUCAUCAAGACUGAGAGGAUCUGCUGAGACAGUAGUGGAGUAAUGACUUGGGUUGGUCUGCUAGGAGUCCAGGAAAGUUCCUUACCUGCUAGCUCUAGCAUUACACAAAAUCAGGUGGAUCAGACUCUGAUUAAAUGUGGCAGGUGGGUUGUGUGUGCCAGUACCCCAGCAGAAUCAAGUAUAAAUAAUUCUUAGUGGGGGGGAAUCCCCCAGACUGCUCCUCUUGAUGGUGAAGGCAGAGACAGCGCGGCUUUGCCCACACAGUGAGGAACUAUUUUUUUUUUAAACACAUUCAUAAAUGAUGUUUGGAAAGUCAUUUAAAAAUGUUUUUUGUUUUGUUUUG